AGAAGGCAGCAGCAUUUGAUUAGUAUUAGGGCCAUCUGCUUUGCUGUUAUUUUUUUUUGUAGGCUUGCCUUUUGCUGUCAUUGUAUGAUUAUUGUAUUAUGGAAAAAAUCCUUCGUGUAACACAAGGAUCAAGAGAGAACAAAACUUUUGAAUUAUUUCUAUGGCCUCACAAAUUGGCAUUCUAGCCUAAUCAUGUAAAGUUAAAAUUAAUUCUACACUAAUUGUUCUCUCCUUUGUACCUGCUGUGAGUGAGGAGGAGAUGCUGCUACACUUCAUGGUGAGCUGGGAGUGUUGAGAAAAUCUUACUUUUCAUAGCAAUUUCUUAAGCAAUUUAGUGCUGCUGAAGUGGGGAGUCCUGAGAUAAUUGGUAUGGAGUUGCUGGAAACAGCAGGAAUGUUCAACAUCUGCAAGGUUUUGGAACAAUUUCAGACUUAAAAACCCUCCCCCUUCAAUUUUCUUAAACCCUGAUCACCAUCUAAUUCUUAUCCUUCAAAACUGGAAAACUACAUUGUGACACAAAGAAAUUGAAGCCAAAGAAGCCUGUGACUGGCUGAGGGCUGCUGGUUUCCCCCAAUAUGCUCAGUUAUUUGAAGACAUGCAGUUUCCUAUCGACAUCAAAACUGUGAGGAAAGAUCAUGAAUUUUUAGAUCGAGAUGCUAUUGAUUCUCUUUACAGACGGUUAAAUACACUGAACAAGUGUGCAGCAAUGAAAGUGGAAAUAAGUCGUCAGAGAAAGCGGAGUGAUGAAUCUGAAGACGAUGAACCUUAUGCAAUAAGUAACAAAUGGGCUUAUGAGAGGUGCAGUCAGAGAUGGUCUCGCCUGGAGAGCAUAGAAGGUUUCCCUGAAAAAGGGUCUAGUGCAUCAGUCCCAGACAGUCCAAGACUUAAGAGCACUGGUAGUGAGGAGAUAUCCUUUUCAGACCAAGGAGAGAAGCAUGAUGUGUCUUCAAUUCACAGUACUAGCAGUGGGGACAGUGACAUUAUCAGCUUCCCUAAGACUUUUGAGGAUGUUGAGACCAGCACUAGUUCCUCAAGGUGUUCCUCAAGUAAACUGGCCUCUCCUGACUCUACUUUUAGUUGUUCUCCUUCUCCUAGUGAGUUCUUAAACAUCAUCAGCGAGGAGAAGCUUUUGGAUAAGCCACCACAAAAAAAGGGGAAGAGCUUUUUAAAGAAAAUGGAGAAACUGCGCAUAAGGAGUUCCAGUGUAAAGAGAGCUGCUCAGUCAAAGGCCAAACCCACUAUUGGUGAACCUGUUCUUCUGGAGGGACUGGAUGAAGAGAAGCUGAAGAACCUUAAUUGUGUAGAUAUUUGUGACCUAUCUGACAGCCAGAUGAAAAAGAAUUCUUCCUGUUCUCCCCACACUUGCAGCAGCAGCAGCCAGUCUGAAACCAGCAGCACAGUGAGCACUCCAAGUCCUGUUAUCAAAGUCAGGAGCUAUGCUAAACGAGGAGGCGUGUAUGCAGAGGACUCCGACUCCAGCAAGCUGUCUCUGUGGAAUGAUGUAUCUGAGCAAAACUUCAAAAAUGAAAUAAAUUUGCAUGCAAACCAAAUGUUUCAUGUACCACAAGGCCAUAAGCCUGGGACUUUCCCCAAAGCACUUACAAACAGUUUCUUAUCUCCCACAGACAACACUUCUGUGAACUGGAGAACUGGAAGCUUUCAUGGAUGUAGGCGGAACAGAAUUAGAACUAGUUCUAAGGAGUCUGAGACCCCUCUGAGUCCUCUGUCAUUUAUAGAUAACAGACUGAGUAUCUAUGACAAUGUGCCCAGCAUUCCUGUUCAUCUUAAUAAGAUGGAGACACCGGAAGUUAGUGAUGAUGAUGUUUUUUCAGAACUAGACAACGUUAUGGAACAUGUCAAUGGGCUCAGAAAGUUGGUCAAUCAGUGGACUGAGAAGUUCUCAGAUGAUGGAGACUCUGAUUUUGCAAACGACUCAACCUCUCCAUGUCCAUCUUCCCCUAAAGAAAUCCACCUUGAGAUAAAAAAGCAUUCAGAAGAGAAACUGGCAGAUCUACCAGCUGCUGAUGGAAAACAGAACUGCAAGCAUGGCAAUGAGCUUUACUCCCCAGAACUGGCAUAUAUAACAAAUUCAGAGAUGGGAUCAUCAUCAUCACAUUCCAACAGACAUGAGAGGCGACACUGGUCUACAGAGGAGACUGUAAACUUGGAAAGCCUUUCUGUACAAAUUGAUAACCAGUCAGCAGCCCACCUAAACCUAAUACAGAAACAUGCUUUGUUGAAACUCACUGCUCUAAUGGACAAAUACUCUCCUUCCAGUAAACAGGGCUGGAACUGGACCAUUCCGAAGUUCAUUAGAAAAAUCAAAGCCCCUGACUAUAAGGACAAAAAUGUAUUUGGUGUGCCAUUACUGCUAAAUGUUCAGCGAACAAGCCAUCCACUUCCAAAGAGCAUUAUCCAGGCCAUGGAGUACUUAAGAAGCCACUUUCUUGACCAGGUUGGCCUGUUCAGAAAAUCAGGCGUUAAAUCUAGGAUCCUUUCUUUAAGGGAAAUGAAUGAAAAUGAUCCAAACAAUGUAAUGUAUGAAGGGCAGUCGGCGUUUGACGUGGCAGAUAUGGUAAAGCAGUAUUUCCGAGAUCUUCCUGAGCCUAUAUUCACUAGCAAGCUUUGUGAAUCCUUCCUCCACAUCUAUCAGUAUUUGCCAAAAGAUCAACAGUUUCAUGCAGUCCAGGCUGCCAUUCUUCUGCUCCCAGACGAAAAUCGGGAAGCUCUGAAAAUUCUUCUCUUCUUUCUGCGAGAUGUAGUUGCUUUUGCUGAAGAAAACCAGAUGACUCCGACCAACAUUGCAGUCUGUCUUGCACCAUCCUUGUUUCAUCUCAAUACUUUAAGGCGAGAGAGUUCAUCAUCAUCUAGGUCCAGCCAGAGGAAGUACAGCCUGGGAAAACCAGACCAGAGAGAUUUGAGCGAAAAUCUGGCAGCCACCCAAGGCUUGGCCCACAUGAUAAUGGAGUGCAACAGACUCUUCCAGAUGCCCGACUAUUGCCUGGAUCAGUGUUGUGAUGACUUAUAUGAACAGAAUGGCCUGAGUGAAAAGGCUUCUAAUCAGACCACCUCAAUGAGGCACUCCAUGCUGGUUUCCCUUGAGAACUCCAUGCAGGACUUGCUGCGAGAUGCCAAAGAGAAGUUCAAGAGCUGGGUUACUUGUUCAAACUUGGAACGUGUGGAAUUGGCGAACAAAAAGGUGGAAGAUAACUACCAUGUCCGGUUAUGGAAGGCAUCCACUGAAAUCAAUGCUGCUCCUAAAGUAAUCCUUCAACGCAUACUGACAGAGCAGCAUCUGUGGGACCCAAGUCUGCAGCAGGCUAAAAUCCUGGAGACCUGGGAUGACGAAACAGAUGUUUAUCACUAUACAACAGAAAGCAUGUCACCCCUCCUGCCACGGGAUUAUGUGGUUUUGAGGACUUGGAGGACUGAUCCCCAAAGCGGCACCUGUAUUUUGGCAGCUACCUCAAUUGACAGUGAAGGAGCUACUCUGCAUGGGAUUUUGGCCCAUGUCCUUUUGUGUCAGUAUCUCAUAGAACCAGUUGGCUCCCAGAAAUCCAAAGUGACUCAUGUCUGCCGGACAGACACGAGGGGACGAACAACAGAAUGGUACAACAGAGUUUUUGGUCAUAUGUGUGCUGCAGAACUGAUGAGGAUAAAAGACUCCUUCAAACCUCUCAGGAAUGACACAAAGGAAAUGAAAAUCUAAAGCACAUGAUUCUCAACAGAGGCUGGUGCUGAGGCAUGUACUGCUCCUCUGCUAUCAUUUUAAAGGCUAUAGACUCAAUAGACUUGCCUAUAUUUUAAAACUAAUAAACCAAGAAGUAAUUUGUAAUGGUAUAUAAAUGUAAUGUAAAAUAGUAAUUUUAUAAAG